GACUAGUUUUGUUGAUUGAUCAUAAUAUAAGGAUGAAAGGGAAAGCCAAAAGAUCGAAAGUGAAGUUGGGGGUUCCUGUUCUGGUAAUGGUUUGCUCCCUUUUCUUCUUUACUGGGCUCUUUGUAUCUCCUAUGCUCUUCAACUUUCAGGAUUUUGGUGACGUGGGACAGGGGCAACCGUGGUCUAGAUUGCUUCAGGAAUCUGCUGCCAAAGAAUAUGGCAAGUCUGGAGACCCCUUUAUUCAUUCAAUCCCAUUUCAGAUUUUGAGUUGGCGACCAAGGAUAGUUUACUUUCCGAAUUUCACAACUGCAGAUGUAUGCGAAAAAAUAAUUGAAAUGGCAAAGCCUAAAUUGGAACCCUCUAAAUUGGCAUUGAGGGAAGGAGAAACUGUUGAGAGCACAAAAGGCACUAGAACAAGUUCAGGUGCAUUCAUCUCUGCAUCAGAAGACAAAUCUGGUAUCUUAGACUUCAUUGAAAAGAAAAUUGCUAAGGUUACAAUGAUACCAACGAAUCAUGGAGAAGCAUUCAAUAUACUGAGAUAUGAGGUUCUUCAGAAAUAUGAUACUCAUUAUGAUGCCUUCGACCCAUUUGAAUAUGGAAAUGUUCAUAGCCAAAGGAUUGCUUCGUUCUUACUAUACCUAUCAAGUGUCGAAGCAGGAGGAGAAACCAUGUUCCCUUUUGAGGAUGGUUUGAACAUGGACAUUGGUUAUGAUUAUAAACAAUGCAUUGGUUUGAAGGUGAAGCCAAGACAAGGUGACGGGCUUUUAUUCUAUUCAGUUCUUCCAGAUGGGAACAUUGAUAAGACUUCUCUUCAUGGAAGCUGUCCAGUGAUUGAGGGGGAGAAAUGGGUGGCAACUAAGUGGAUCAAUGAUAAAAAGCAACACUACUAAAUGUUCUUACUCCCAAAUUUUCAAUUUUCUCUAUC